GCGCUCGUCGCCGGCCACCGCGCCGCAGUCUGUCUCUGGCGUCGUCCACGCCACACGUUAUUUACACCGACGCCUGCACCGCCUUUAGUGUUUGCGAAAUAUUAUGAAUACUCAACUCUACUUCAAAACUUCCUAGUGAAAUAGUUUUUACAUUAGUUUGUGCUAUGUGACCAGUUUUAAAAUGAACAAGGAAGAUUCUCAGUGUGGCCCUAGCAAAGGUGGUCGUGGGUCGAGGUCGGCUCGGUUGCUCACGGAUAGUAUAUCGUCUGACGAGGGUCCAGAGACGGAAUGCUUGCUGUCGGCGCAGCUGCAGGCGGUGGUAGUGAACCCGGUGACGAGACGUCGAGAGUCCCUGACUGCGCCGCCCUCGCCGACCGAAUCCCGCAAGAAGCGGGACCACCACCACCGCCAACACAACUACAAGAACCACUUGCACCAUCUCAUCCACUGGAGAGAUAUCUGGAGCGGAGAGCCGCACAAAGGUCAUGAGAGCCUGCACCGCAGCGAGUCGAUGGUAUCACUGGCUUGCUUCCGGACGCUCUCGCAGCUCGUCAACAGCGACAACCUGGCAGAACUGCAACAGUACAUCGCCAACAACAAGAAUGUUUGCAUCGACGACAAAGAUGAGAAUGGCACAACAGCCCUCAUGUGUGCGAGCGAGAAUGGGAGACUGGCAGCGGUGCGGAUGUUGCUUGGAGCCGGCGCGGAUGCCACGGCUGCGGAUGCAGACGGAUGGACACCACUGGCGUUUGCGGCCCGUGGGGGACAUCUGGCCAUUGCUAAGGAACUGCUAGACGCCGGAGCUAUUGUCGAUUCUAGGGACUGUGGCGGUUGGACACCGUUGCUAUGGGCGUCGUACAAGGGACACGAGGAGAUCGUGGCUUUACUGCUGGAGAAAGGAGCUGACGUUCAUGCACAUGGGAAUUAUAAUAUUAACUCGCUAGUAUGGGCAGCGGGUCGCAAGCACAGCGGGGUUGUGCAACGGCUAUUGGCUGCGGGUGCGCGGCCGAACUCGUGCGACAAGUACGCCACGUCCGCGCUAACAUGGGCGGCGAGGGCUGGCGAUGUCGCGUCGUGCGCGUCGCUGUUAAGAGCUGGUGCUGAUGCCAACACCGCUGGCAUGUACUGCUGGACUCCACUGCUGCAAGCUACUCAUGGCAACCACUUCGAGAUCGUCCAAAUGCUGCUAGAACACAAGCCGAAUGUGAACGCGUUAGACAAGGACGGGUAUACCGCGCUAGCCAUCGCAUGUAAAGAGGGAUACUACGAUAUUGCUUUGGCUCUUAUUAACUCCGGCGCUUAUAUUAACGUGCAGGACCAAUCAAAAGACACGCCAUUAAUCCACGCAGUAAAAGCCGGACACAAGAAUAUAGUGGAAGCGCUACUAAAGAAACAUGUGGAUGUGGACUUGCCAGGCAAAGAGAAGAAGACGCCGGUGUACACUGCCACGGAGAAAGGACAUGUGGCCAUACUCAAGUUGCUACUGGCUUCCAACCCCGACCUCGAACAUAGUACUGUGAGCGGCGACACUCCACUGAUGCGAGCGGUGCGUUCUCGUAAUGCGGAAAUGGUACAAUUGCUGCUGGAACGCAAGGCGCGCGUCAACGUCGCAGACAUCAGGGGAGAUACGGCGCUGCAUAUCGCCAUGAGGGCUCGGUCUAAGCAAAUCGUGGAAAUACUCCUAAGGAAUCCGAAGAACAGUCAAUUAUUGUAUAAGCCGAAUAAAUUGAAUGAAACUCCUUACAAUAUAGAUAUGAGUUACAAUAAGACUAUACUAGGACAGAUAUUUGGCGCCCGCAAGUUGAAUACUAAUGAAGACAAUGAGAAUAUGUUAGGUUAUGAAUUAUAUAGUGCUGCACUAGCCGAUAUGCUGUCCGAACCAAGCCUUUCAGUACCAAUAACUGUCGGACUAUACGCCCGAUGGGGAUCGGGGAAAUCAUUUUUGCUCAAUAAACUUAAAGAGGAGAUGAAGAACUUUGCCCGGCAAUGGAGUGAGACAGGCUGGGCGUGGUCGUGGGCGGUGUGGUGGGGCGCGUGGCACGUGGCGCUGUCUGCGUCGGCCGUCGCGGCCGUGGCGGGGGCGCCGCCCUACGUCGCGCUAGGGCUCUGCUUCGCGCUCUUCGCCUUCAUAUACAUAGCCCUGUAUAUACUCUGGUACACUGGGAAUAAAUACGAGUGGUGGUGGGCGGGAGGAGUACUGUCGGCCCUGGGCCGCAAGUUCAGCUCAUUGUUACUGGCGCUGCAGGUGGUUUUCUGCCACCCACCGGGACCUAACGACCCUAGAGCGUUGCCAGCGACACCUAUAAGAUUUCAUUUCACGGAGGGUAUGAAAAGCGGGGGAGGACAGGAGGGAGAGGCAAUGGUAGUUCAAAUGAUAGCGAGCUUAGGUGAGGCACUGGAGUGUCAGUACGGGAGGAUAUGCACUCGCUUGGCGAGAGCCUUCCGACCUAAACCUGUGUCAUCUACGUCUGGUUGGAAAUGGCGGCGAGUUUGCUGUAUUCCCCACAUAAUCACGUUCGAGUUGUGCUUCACCUGCAUUAUCGUUGGCUUCUGCGUGCUCAUCAUGUACUUAACCGACCGGGAUCCUGACCCACAGCGGCGGGAGAUCCAGCAGGGGCUGAUGAUCGGCGCCUGCGCAGUGAGCGGCGCCGCGCUGCUCGCCAACCUAUACACCUGCGCACGGGUACUCGCCGCGCUCAUCCGCGCGCCGCGCUCCAGGCUCGCCAGGGCUGCUGCAUCUUCUCCGGCCGGGCUGAGACCUGAGGUCCAGGCUUUGACGCAUGUGGUAUCAUGUCUAGACGCGUUCACCGGUCAACAAACCCGCCUAGUGGUAGUAGUGGAUGCCUUAGACAGCUGCGAACAAGAGAAGGUGCUAGCCUUACUGAACGCCGUCCAUGCUCUCUGCUCAGACCCCAAGAGCCCCUUCAUUCUACUCCUGGCCAUAGACCCACACAUCAUCAGCAAGGCAGUGGAAAUAAACAGUCGGCGAGCGUUCUGCGAGAGCAACAUAGGAGGAUGGGACUACCUUCGAAACAUGGUGCAGUUGCCGUUCUACCUCCAGAACUCGGCUCUACGCAGGGUGAAGACUGCCCAGCAAACUGCCGCCAGAAGAAUGCAAGUCAUCAUGGCUGAUGACUUUUCUACCUCACUGCAGAGAUCUGUAUCAGCACGCCGUCUAUCUUCAACAUCAGAACUCAUGUCAAGUCAAGAGCGUAUCAAGGGCCAAGCGGCGCGGGAACGUCGGCUCCGGCCUUCGGAGUCUGUGGCCUCGUCCGUAGCCUCAGGGCUCCACAGGGGGGCCACGGGUGGCGUGGGGGGUGCGGGGGCCGCGGACCUCAACAGGGUGCUACUGACUGAUGACUACUUCAGCGAUGUUAAUCCCAGGAGCAUGAGGCGGCUUAUGAACGUGCUGUAUGUUACUGGUCGUCUGUUAAAGGCGUUCCAGAUAGAGUUUAACUGGUACCAGUUGGCGUCGUGGGUGAACCUUACGGAGCAGUGGCCGUUCCGCACCUCCUGGAUCAUCUACCACCACGAGACGUAUGAGGAGCACAUCGACGACUCCACCUCACUCAAACAUAUUUAUGAAAAAGUAAAACCCCUAAUGAGCGGUCUCCGUGAAGCCAGCACGUUGAUGGAGCUGGACCGUGACGAGCGGAAACUGGAGGUGUUCCUCAGCUUCCACCGCGCCACGCUCACUGCAGCAGAUCUCAAGAUAUUCCUGCCGUUCACCAUCAACCUUGAUCCUUACAUUAAGAAGCUUAUCAAAGAAGAACAAAUGCAAAGUGGAGUGGAGGAAGACGCGGGCGCUGCAGGCGCGGCCGCCGCCGGCCUUACUUGGGGACAACCACACACGAGGCAGCCACACUCCAAACUCUUCCCUAGGAAACACCGUUCGUCUCCACCGACUCAGCCGACGGCGGCGGGUCCGGUCCCUGCUCAGCAGAUGUGGGUGGGGUGGGCCAACACUAGCGCGGGGUUCGUCCCCCAGGCCAUCAACUCGCAACCAUUCCCCCCACCGCAGUACCAACCCCCACCAGCGACACAGCAACCACAACCACAGCAACCAACGCAGAAUCCUUUCCAUAUGCUGAGGACUGCGUUCCCUAGUUUGUCGGACGUGUCCAACAUCCGUCUGUCGACGCUGAGCGUGGAGCGGGUAUGUGGCGUGGUUCGACAGGCGCUGGGCGCGGGCGCCGAGCACUGCGCCGCGCAGCUCACAAGGCACAACGUCUGCGGACUCGUGCUCGCCGUCUGCAGGCUGCAGGACCUCGAACCGGUUCUAGAACUGCCCUUUGGAGAUUGGGAAUUAUUCAAACUGCUUAUUGUAAAUCUACGUGAACUAGAAGCAAAUAUGCCGUCGACGGUACCGACGGUAGCAGUAAUGACAGAAAAAUCAGCAGAAACGGAAAUUGACUCUGCAAAGCCACCAAGACACACACUAGAGACCCAACGCAGUCGGCCUUCAAACGUUGAGAAACAGGUAACUCUGGAGGAGCAAAUGAUCUGCGGCGCGCUCCAAACACUAAACGAGGAGGCCCUCGAGGACGUGCUACAGUCGGAGCCCCCCUCCCACCCAGGUGAGCCCCUCCGCACCAUCCGCGAGUACCCGCCGCCCUCUCCCUCCCCUGGGGAUGAAGCCCUCCCACCCGCACUCCCUCUGCCCCUCCCUCCCGCGCCCGUGCCUGCUGACGAGCCAGAAACGCGCCGCGACCACGUCGUUGUCAACUUCACCGAUGAUGUGUUCCUGUAAGCCUCACGCUGAGCUUACAUCCAGCGUCGAGCUAACCGGUACUUGCCUUACGACCUCAGUAAGAAAGUACUCGUCAAUAGACAAGCAACACGUAUGUGAAGACAACUGCACUCGUACACCGCGAGAUGAGUGCUCAUUCAUUCUUCUAAGCAUACUCGCUGCUAUGGCAUUUAUACGUGUGCCAAAAUAAUGAUAAUUAUUUAUUCAAUUUCAGAAUUAUUUAAUUUGUUAGCUAAGCUAAGUACUUAAGCCUGAGCCACAUUUGCUUCGCAAUACACAUGGCUUUCCAAAUAAUAAUUUUAAGCAUGAUUGCUUUAUUAAUGUAAUAAAUUGAUAUUACUUAUAAUGUUUGUGCACAUGAAACAUAGAAAAGACAAUUGGCGUUGUGAUUUUAGUAAUAGAUUUCCGUAAGCUAAUGAAAGUCGAAUAAGAAAUAUGCAUCCAACUCAUGAGACUCAAAUAAUUUAGUUUUAUUGUUCCUGUAUUGUUUACUAUGCAUAUUUCCUGUUUAAUUGUAUUAGAAAAAGUAUUAUAGUAUUAUUUGAAAUCGAUGUAUUGGCAUUAAUUUAUUUGGUUGUAAUUUGCUAAUUGUAUACGUAAGCUGUAGUGAAUACUGUAUUAUACUAUUUGUUACUGCGUGACACGCACUAAUUAUGUGCAAGCUCAAUGUGUAAUCUCCAUUACGUUUAACUUUGGAAAAAGAUUCCGUGCUGUGUAACAUAAUAAAUACAGCCCUCAAAUACCUUUUGUAUGUCAUGGUCACUCCAUGAACAUACCGCGAACAACAAUAUCGAUCGGUUAUACGAAUUCGUUACUGAACACUACUGUUUAUGCAAAUAGUAUAAUUACGUAUACCUAUUAUACUCCAAAGCAUAUUGUUUGUUAGAAUUUGCUACUAUUUAAUUCAGCAUUCCAGUAAAUAUUGCCAUUUUAUGUUAGUAAUGUAGGCUGUGCCCUUAUACUUUAUUUUAUUCAUUGUAAUUAUUCCAUACGUACCUAUAUAAUAAGAAGCAUGGAUAUUUUAGAAUCAAGUGACCACGACGAUUGUUUGAUUUUAAAAUGUUUGAAUGAAACAUAUCCUGUGCCAUUGACAUUAUUUUCAUUUUAUGAUACAAACAACAAUUCCAAUGUAUUGUUUAUAAUUUAUUCGAUGGUUAAUUAAGUUCGGUUUAAGAUUCCUCUGAAAGUAGUUUCAUUGUACUGAUUGUAUUGAGAAUCUUUAAUAGAAAACAAGAUUAUUGUUGUCAUUUAUAGCAUAUCUUUAGUGUAGGAGUUUACAGACAAUUACUGAGUAGAUAGGAUUUUGAAUAUUCUAUGUAAUUAAGGAUGUUUCAAAUGUGAUAUUACAUUUUGGUCACUGACGGUUCUUAUAGCUGUAUUUCUAGACCUGUUGUAUCAUUCCUUCUUUUAGGCAAACAUUUCCACUAUUUACGGAUAAAUAAAUAUACAAUAGUUACA